UCCUCCCUCCCUCUCUGAUUCUGUUUCCACACUGUCCAAUACCAGCUGAUGUCACUAUUGGCAGAUGCAUCAUUCCAUGUCGCUGAAUAACUGGAGGAUAUCAUCACAAGCUCUGUCUGUUUGAAUGUAGGCAUAUUGGAAAGCGUACAUGCUACUAUUUUAACUUUAUUGACAUUCUCUUACCACACCUCCUCCUCUUUUACUUCCUGUGAACGAGUCAGCAAUGUUCUCCUCAUCCAAACCCUCCCUACUCUCGCCCUGGACCUCCAUGGAUCAAGCUGACUCGGACGCUUUGGAUAUCAGCACCAAAGUGCAACUGCAUGGAGUUCUGUGGAAGAGACCUUUCGGGAGGCCCUCAGCCAAGUGGUCCCGCAGAUUCUUCAUCAUCAAGGACAGUUUUCUUUUAUAUUAUGCUGAGAAUGAGAAAAAAAGCUUUGAGACCAAUAGAUACUUCAACAUUCACCCUAAGGGGGUGAUUCCAUUAGGUGGAUGCAUCGUCGAGCCAAGAGAAGAUCAAGGCAUGCCAUUUGGCAUGGUUAUUAACCAUGAAGACUUUACAGGAACCAUUGUCCUGGCUGCUGAAUCAGAAUCAGAGCAGUGUCAAUGGGUGGAGAUGCUACAAGAGUCAGGAAAAGUCACUUGGAAGAAUGCUCAGUUAGGUGAGGCUAUGAUCGAGAGUCUUGAAGCCCAGGGUCUACAGCUGGCUAAGGAAAAGCAGGAAUACCUAGAUAAGCUUAUGGAAGAGACAGAGGAACUGUGCUUGCAAAGAGAACAGAAGGCGGAGCUGGAGAGACUGAAUCAAUUGCUGGAGGAAGAAAAGCAGAAAUUUGAGGAAGUGGUUCAGGAGCUGAGAGCAGAACAAGAUCAAAUUAAACUAGAUCUGGAUGGUACUGCUCAGUGUCUCAAAGGUGUGGAAAAUGAAAAAGAGGAGCUUCAUAGUCUUACCACACUUCUGCAGAAGUCUUUAGAGGAGUUAUCCCAAGAGAAAAAGCGUACCCUGGAGCUGCUGCGAGAAAGAGGACAGGACGUGGCUGAAGCAGGAAGUGAUCGGCGAGGCUCUUUAGACUCUCAGAAACCAGAGGUGCAGCUUCAGGGUAACCUGCGGCAAAUCGAGGAGCAGAUGAAAAACCUGCUUAAAGAGAAAGAACAGGCAGAUGAGAGGCUGAAAGAAAAUGAAAAGCGAGCCAAAGUUCUGCAGGAGGAAAGGGAGUUUUAUUCUUCUCAAGCUCAAGCUCUCCAGCAGUCGCUCACACAGCUCACAACAGACAAGCAACACACAGAGGAAGAGCUGAAGGCAGAGAUGGAGUCUCGUGUGGAACUGGAGCGUAGGCUGAAAUUGGCUGAAGAGGCUCUGCAAGAUCUAGAGCAGGGUCUAAAUGCAAUAGAACGUACUCAUGAGAGGGAAGAAAGAAUGAAAGGAGACGUCAGCCAUCUCCGCAAGUUCUUUGAAGAAUGUAUUUGUGCUGCGGAGAUUGAAGCCAAGUUACCAUCCAUCAUGAAGAAUGCAGUGUAUCUGCAUAAAGCUGCUGCUCGACGCAUUAAAAGUUGCCGUAUCCAGAGACGGGCCUCCAGACAGCACUGGUUGAAGCACUCUCAAUCAUUUGCCUCCUCUCGCGGUGCCUCCUCCACCAGUCUUGAAGAGUUGAGAGAAACGGCCCGGCGUAUGACUUCAGACAGCUGUUUGAGACAGCGGGCCUACAAGAUCAUCACCCGCCAGAAGAGCGUUCAGUCUGAGGACUAACAGUGUUCUGACAGAUGGACUCACAGAACAUCCUGAGAGAGAGGGGAAGUUGUUUUGCCAUGAUGUGCAACUUUUGGUGAAAGUUAGACAUUCAUAAUUCAGUAAGGGGAAUCUAUACAUGCAAUGUGCUGUGUUGGAACUGCGUGCCCCUCAUGUUGUGUUCUUGUAAAUUUAUAACACUGUAGGAUAAUAUAACUAUGAAAUGUCAAAUAUUUGCUUUUAGU